AUGACCAACCAGUCAGUCGAUAUCAAGUGGCGUUCAAUAGUGCCCGCCUAUUUUGGCGGCAGUUCUUUUGCAACAUUCGUGUCGUGCUUGUCGCUCUAUGAGACUUCUCCGUGGAUGGGUCGAAGAUCUACCAGUGGUUUCUUGCGGAUGAAUUUGUGUUGUUUGUCCGUUCAUGGAUCGAAUAGCUGCCUAACAGUACGUUUGGUACGAAAAAGUCAAGAUCGACCGCAUCGACUAUGGCCGACCAGCUGA